AUGACAUCAGUUGAGCCAUUUGAUAUCAAAGCUACCUAUUUAAAGAUACUAGAGGAUGACAAAGAAUUGACAAUGCCUAUAGCGGCAAUUGAGAGUCUUGUGGAGAUGUUACGCUUAAACCGACCUUCAACAUCAUCCGAAUUGAUCAAUCUAGUUUCGAAAAACAUUGACUUGUUGAAAUCAUCGAUACCGAAUAACAUCUCCCUUUCUGCUGGGUGUGAUUUAUUCAUGAGGUUUAUAUUGAGAAACACCAACAUAUAUAGCGAUUGGGAGUCGUUUCUGCAAAAUUUAAUUGAAAAUGGCGAGUUGUUUGUUCAAAGAGCCAAAAUAUCUCGAGAGAAGCUGGCGGAAUAUGGAUUGCCAUUCAUUAAGGAUGAUGAUGUUAUUCUUGUGCAUAGUUUUUCUCGUGUGGUUUACACCUUGUUGCUCAAGGCGAAACAAGAACAAUUGACGAGAUUUAAAGUUUUGGUAACUGAGUCAAGACCAACUGGGAAUGGAUACGUUAUGGCGGAAAAAUUACGUAAAGCUGAUAUUCCAUGUGAAGUGAUUGUUGAUAAUGCAGUUGGGUACGUUUUACACAAUGUUGAUAAGAUAAUUGUCGGUGCUGAAGGUGUUGCUGAAAGUGGUGGUAUAAUAAAUCACAUUGGUACUUAUCAAAUCGGAUGUUUAGCCAAGGUGAAUAACAAGCCAUUUUAUGUAGUUACUGAAUCACAUAAAUUUGUGAGAAUGUUUCCAUUGGCACCUAAUGAUCUACCAAACAUGAAUUAUAUUGCUUCGUUGAAUGAACUGACAGAAGAGAAUCAGAGAUAUAAAGAAUAUUUCACAAGUCAUGGGGAUCAAUUCUUGGAUCAUCAUAUAGUUGAUUUCACUCCUCAUGAUUAUAUCACGGCUUUGAUUACUGACUUGGGUGUAUUGACUCCAUCUGCGGUUAGUGAAGAAUUGAUCAAGAUGUGGUAUGACUAA